AGGAGCCAGCCGCAGCCUCAGUUUUUCAGCAGUUUGCCACCAGCCGUGCUCUUUCAGUGCUCGGAGCAACAUCGCUCAUAUUUUCCAUCAACUGCAGCCAUAUGAUUGCUGAAAUUCCCCUCGCAUCCACGGAUCCACCACGCAGCAGCACAGUAGCGCGCACGCGCACGCGCCUCGCGGCGGCAAAAAGCGAUCGACACCUGUACGGCAGCGUGCCAGCAACUGCGCCGCCAGCGACGCGCGUGCAGCACUCGAAGUUAUACCAACUUCUCAAUAGCAGCAGCAGGGCGCACGGGUCGGUGCUCUUCGACCGAGCAUUAUUAUUGCUCAUCCUGGCCAACGUAUACGUAGACGUCAUGCUGACGGUCGACGAGUGGGCGGCGCAACACGGAGCCGCCGCGAAAGUUUUCGAGACGGUGUCCUCCCUGCUGUUCAUCGCAGUCGAGAGCUGUGUGGAAAUCAGCCAGUGAGUUACUGGAAUUUUCACGCCAUCGAGCAGACGCAGCUACGGAGAAAAUAUCGCGUCGAUGGCGUGGGGCGCCCGAAAUUUGAUUUCCACACAGGAGUACAUCACGCGCUUCGCCGUCGCGGGCGAACGAGCAAAAUAUCGUGGCACUGCCGGCCGGUGGCGCUUUGUCACGAGCUGGGCAUCAAUCGUCGACCUCUGCUCCUUCAUGCCAUGGAUCGCCGAAAAGAUUAUCUACUGGGGCGAGGACGGAGAUGUGCCCUCCACCGCAUAUGUGAGGGCGUUCCGAGUCCUGCGCAUCCUCAAGACGGACCGGUUCACGGGCGCCGCCGACGCGCUGGGACGGGUCUUCUAUGUGAAUAUGCACAUCCUGGGCGUCGCCGGAGUACUAGCGGGGAUGUUGGUGCUGUUCACGUCCUCGUUGCUCUACUACAGCGGCAAGGGCGCCGAGGGCUUCGAAUCCAUCCCGGCAACGAUGUACCUGUCGAUCCUCAUGCUGACGGGGCAAGGGGAGCCCGACGGUGAGUUGACGACUCUCCUGAAAUCGCUCUGCGCGUUCACGGCCAUCUUCUCCGUGGCCAUGGUCGCCAUCCCCGCGUCGAUGCUGACGUUCGGCUUCGAGAUCGAGGCGCAACGCUUAGUCUUGAAGCGACGCGAGCGGCGGCUUAGAAGACGGAUCCGCGCCGAGCGGCUCGAGAACCACUGGAUCGAGUCCUGCAGCGACAGCGAGGACGGCGACGCGCACUUUCUUGCCCGCGAGCGGCAGCGGCAGUCGCGGUGCCGCGGCGGCCGCCGCGCGGACGCGUCGGACCUGUCGUCCAGCGAAGAAGAGUACGAGACGCUCGUGCUAGGCGAGACGCAGGAGGCGACGCUCGAGCGCGUCCGCCGCGAACUCCAGGCGAAGCAGGCGCAGUACGACUCGCUGCUGCGGGCCAUGGAGGACGCGCCGCCGGCCGUUCUCUAG